GAAAUCAACGUGGCUCAAAAUGGCACAAAAUGGAACAGAAGCUGACACGGUGUACGCCGUAGUUUAUGGAUCUGUUAUAACGCUCGGACUGCCUCUCAACGCUCUGUCGCUAUGGAUUCUUCUUCGCCACCACGGCCGCAAAUCACCCAACGCUGUCUUCAUGAUCAACCUGGUGAUCUCAGACCUCCUGCUCAUCAUCUCCUUACCAAUGAAGGUCUACUUUUAUGCCACACGCAAAUGGCCUCUAGGAGACAUGGCGUGCAUCUGGCUCACGAUGCUUUUUCGCAACAACAUCCGCUCCAGCGCAGUCUUCAUCACCUUCAUCAGCAUUGACCGGCUGCUGGCUGUAGUCUACCCUCUGAAGUCACGCCAACUUCGGUCCUUGUCCAACGCCACAAAAGGAGCUGUGCUCGUCUGGCUGAUUGUGUUGAUGGUGAAUAUCCCAGAGAGUGUGAACUUUUUAAAACAUUUGAAAAACAACACUUCAAAUGUUUCCACUUGUUUUGAUGACAAGAAUGACUUCUUUCCUCCAAUAGCGUAUUUUCAGCUUGUGUUACUCUUCACCCUGCUGUUCAUCAAUAUUGUGUCCACAGUUCUGGUGUCUUUGACUCUAAACAGACAUUUGAAUAUCACCACAAGGAUCAACAACAGAGUGAACGUCAUGCUGAUUUUUGCCAUGAACUUGUUGAUGUUCAGUAUAUUUUUCUUGCCCGUGUCCUUGACUGUUUUCUUUGAUAAUAAACGGGCUGCUCUGAAUUGUCUUGCCAGUGUGAACUGCUGUCUGGAUCCACUGUUGUAUUACUUCUCAUUUGAUGGUUUCUGGAAGAAAAAAGAGGACACAGACAGGUCUACCGAAUAGUCAUCGAACAUGACCAGUCAGAUUUCCCAGUUGCUUGUGAGAAUGUUUCACAGUAAGGUUGCAAGGGGAAAUGAAUAUCAGUAUUUAAGAAGGCCAGUUCUGCAUGUCAUUUAUAUAGUUAUCUAGUUUUGCAUUGUUUUUGUUUUUACAGUGUAUAAGCUCUCCUGUUGCCUUGGAAAUGUAAACUAAUGUGUAAUAAGUGCCAAAAUUAACAACUUUUGUUA